UGCUCAAAAUGAUCAUUAAAGUUCUUUUGUUUGCAGUUGUAUGCUGUGGCGUGGAAUCGGCCAUAUCGUGCGAAAAUUUCCGGAAUGUUUUUACAUGCGACAGUGCUCCUUCGAACGCAUUAACUAUUGCGGGGGAAAAGUACUUAUGUCCAGAAAAUCAGAUUUGUAAUAGCAACUAUCAAGCUGAGCAAAAUGUUUGUAGUCCUUGCAUUACAAUGAAACAAUUUUGCGGCGCUACGUUCACGUGUCUUAACGAAACAAGCUUCAAAAUGGGCUUGAACCAAUUUGAUUGUUUGGGAGAAAAAGUUUGUAAUUCAGAUUUGAAAAACAGCUGCGAUCCAUGUGUUGAGAAAGGGUGCAAAGUCUUUUGGACAUGUGAUAAAGCUGACCCAACUCAUUUCAUUGUCAGCGGUGCAAAAUAUGAAUGUGCAUCGGGUAAAGUAUGCAACAAUGAGGAGCCCCCCACGAAAUGCGAAACUUGCAUUGAUAAAAAAUCAGGAAGCAGCAUAAUACUAGGGUUGCAUUAAAAGUUUCCACUGCUAACAAAAUAACUAAAUACGGAAAUAGUGUUUGUAUUUAUAUUAUGUUAUAGUUUUAUAUGCUGACCAUUAAAUAUUUCAU